AUGCCUCGAGACAGUCUGAUCACCUCUGAGAAUGACAUUGACAUUGGGCUGGAGUUUGCAGGUGAUGAGGAUGAAGUCUCCACUCUUCAAGAGGAACAUGAGAGGGGAAGACACAGAGGAAGAAGAAAGGAUGGUGACAGAGAGAAAAGGAAGAGGGGCAAUGGGAGGAGGAAAAGAGAAUCUGAAGGAGAAGGGGAAGAAGAAAUGCAGGCCAGGCUUGAGAAAAGAGAAAGGGGCAGGAGAAGGAGAGCAAAGAAUGAUCAAGAAGCAAAAGGAAGAGAGAGGGAUGAGGAGGAGGAGCAGUACUCCAAAAUAAAAAGUAGAAAGACAGCAAAAACGAGGAAGAAUGUCAAAAAUGAAAAAUCAAGAAAAAUGGAGGAGGGGGAGGGAGGCGCUGAAGAAAGAAAUGCCAAGGGAAAAAAGAAACAUAGAAGUGCCAAAAAAGAAAAGAAUGAAGAAGGAGAUAAACGUGCAGUAAAGGAGAGAGCACAGGAAACGAAGAAGAAAAAACACAAGAGAGAAGCUGAAACAAGCUCAGAGCAGGAGACAAGUGAGGAAAACAAUGACGACAGUGAGGGAGAGGAUAGUGAGGAGAAAGAGGUGAGGCUGGAGACUCUGUCACUGGAGGAGCUGGAGAAGCUGAAGGAGGCAGUGGACGAGAGGAAGAAACUGAUCCAAAGUCUGAGGGGAAAGCCCUGGCCAAUGAAAAAGAAACUGGUCACUCUAAGGGAGUCUCAGGAAUUUGUGGAGAAAUAUGAGGGAGCUUUGGGAAAAGGGAAAGGCAGGAGGCUGUAUGCUUACAAGGUCAUGAUGACCAAGAAAUGGAUGAAGUUCCAACGGGACUUUGAAAAUUUCAAAACUGCCUGUAUUCCAUGGGAGAUGAAAAUAAAGGAGAUUGAAAGUCAUUUUGGCUCCUCUGUUGCCUCUUACUUUAUCUUCUUGAGGUGGAUGUAUGGCAUCAACAUGAUCUUGUUUGGUCUGACCUUUGGCCUGGUUAUGGUGCCAGAGGCGUUAAUGGGGAAGCCCUAUGGCAGCAUCCCAAGAAAGACUGUCCCGAGGGCUGAGGAGGCCAGUGCCAUGGACUUUGCUGUCCUAUGGGACUGUGGGGGUUACGCUCAGUAUUCAGUCCUCUUCUACGGUUACUACAACAACCAGCGUGCCAUUGGCUGGCUCAAGUUCCGUAUGCCUCUGUCAUACUUCCUGGUUGGUGUGGGAACCGUGGCCUAUAGCUACAUGGUAGUCAUAAGGACGAUGGCCCGUAAUGCGAAUGAGUCGGGGGUCGGAGAUGAUAACAGCUUUAAUUUCAGCUGGAAGAUGUUCACCAGCUGGGACUACCUGAUAGGAAACCCUGAAACUGCAGACAAUAAGUUUGCCUCCAUCACCACCAGUUUCAAGGAGGCAAUCUUAGAGGAGCAAGAGAGCCGAAAGGAUGAAAACAUCCAUCUGACUCGUUUUCUGCGGGUGCUGGCCAACUUCUUGGUCUUGUGCUGCUUAGCAGGAAGUGGAUACCUCAUUUACUUUGUAGUGCGUCGAUCUCAGAAGUUUGCCCUAGAUGGACUGGAGAAUCACACCUGGUGGGAAAGGAAUGAGGUGAACAUGGUCAUGUCCUUACUGGGGAUGUUCUGCCCCAUGCUGUUUGACGUCAUCAGCACCCUGGAGAACUACCACCCUCGUGUCGCCCUGCAGUGGCAACUGGGUCGCAUCUUUGCCCUCUUCUUGGGAAACCUCUACACCUUCAUCAUUGCACUCAUGGAUGAGAUCAACCUCAAAAGGGAAGAGGAAAAGAUUAUAAAGUUUAAUAUAACCAUGUGGGAAACCAGUCUUUACAAUGGCACAGUAUCAGAAAACAGCACUGCUCCACCCAUCACUAUCCAACCUGCUGAUGUGCCCAGAGGGCCCUGCUGGGAGACCAUGGUGGGCCAGGAGUUCGUCCGGCUGAUCAUAUCUGAUACCAUGACAACCUACAUCACGCUGCUGAUUGGUGAUUUCCUGAGAGCUGUGUUUGUUCGUUUUCUCAACUACUGCUGGUGUUGGGACCUGGAGGCUGGAUUCCCAUCCUACUCUGAGUUUGAUGUCAGUGGCAACGUCCUGGGCCUGAUCUUCAAUCAAGGAAUGAUUUGGAUGGGUGCUUUCUAUGCCCCCUGUCUGCCUGCCCUAAAUGUCCUGCGGCUCCAUGUGUCCAUGUACCUGCAGUGCUGGGCUGUGAUGUGCUGUAAUGUGCCGCAAGAAAGAGUCUUCAAGGCCUCUGGCUCCAACAACUUUUACAUGGCCAUGUUGCUGGUCAUCCUCUUCCUGUCCACUCUGCCUGCCAUCUACACCAUCGUCACCAUUCCUCCGUCCUUUGACUGUGGACCCUUUAGUGGGAAAAAGCGUAUGUUUGAUGUGAUCCAUGAAACGCUGGAGUCAGACUUCCCUGCUUGGUUUGGUAAAGUGUUCAGCUAUGCCUCUAACCCUGGACUGGUGCUACCUUUCAUACUGCUUAUGGUACUAGCCAUCUAUUACUUGCAAUCCACAUCCAAAAGCUACAAAGAAGCUAAUGUGGAACUGAAGAAAAAACUACAAACGCAAAAUGAGGAAAACAAGAAGAAGAACAAACGAGCAGCGCUGAAGGCACAAAUGGAUCUGGAGGAGGCCAGAAAAGCAGCAUCACAGGCCACAGAGCAACAAAACAACAACGCUUCACUACAAGACCGAGAAACAGAUGGGGAAGAAAACAGUGGCAGUAAUCGGAGGCCGUGUCAUGGGAAGAAUGGACGCAACCCUCCUCCUCCUCCUGAUGGAGACAGAGAAUGGCAACUUCCAGCCACCAGAGCCCAUGUCCCUAGGACCUAUCACCACGGUGACCAUGGGGCUCCUGGGUACCUGCCCGGUUUCUCUCGGCAAAGCGAACCCAGGAUGUACAGGGUGCCGAGCCUGCAGAGACACUGAGGGAGUGAAAAACAGGGAAGUAGCAAAUGAGACUCAAAAGAAAGCACUUUAUUGUGAAACUGAUGUUUAGAUGCACGCUAUGAGCUGCACUAAGAUACUGAGUUUAAACACUGUUUUCAUUUCAAAUUACAGUAGCAGCUGUUGUUUUGUUUACUAGAUGAAUGUUAACAAGAGCAGGAUAUUAUUAUCUUUAAAUCUGUCUUUUGAAACCACUAAUUAGUAAAUUACAUCUGUAGUAUUAAUUUGAAAAUUGUUGUUGUUGUCUUUAAAGCAGCAGGAAAUGAUAGUACAGGCAAUAACCACACUUUAGAUGUUGUUGUUAACCUCCGUCAAUUUCCUGACAAACCAGAUCAGUUAUAAUCAAAACUAUAAUUAUUUUAAAGCAAUGUGACAUGUAUUUUGCUCUUGGCGUCUCAGACUCUGAGUGAAGCUGUCCUCGGACUUGCGACUGGGCCAAAGUACUAAACAAUUCAUUAGACAUGGGGGCCAUUUAACCUAGCUAGCUAGGCUUAAAUAGAU